UUGGAGAGGGCAGAGGCGGCGCGCUUCGGCGUACGUCGUGCGCGCACUAUGCUCACGAGCAUCAAGGGGUUCUGGAAGGUUUGCCGAUAUGGUGAUCUCUACAUGGUGCUGGCGGCGUUGGCCGCGCAGUCCAUCAAUAUAUCGGUGGGCUUCUGCCAAGGCUUCUCCGCUGUGCUGCUGCCCCAGUACACCCACGAGCACCCGAACAUCACAUACGAGCAGAGCUCAUGGAUCGCCAGUCUUGGUGUUAUUUCAAACCCCAUCGGGGCGCUUCUCGGCGGCAUGAUGGUGGACGCGGUGGGCCGGAGGCUGUUGCUCCAGUCCAUCGUCCUGCCCAAUUUGAUAGGCUGGCUGGUCAUUGCUUUCUCCGAGGCUUAUGUCUUCCUGUGCGUCGGACGCUUCAUCACCGGAUUUACCAUCGGCAUGUCAACAGCAUCAUACAUAUACGUUGCUGAAAUAACAACACCUGAAAAACGAGGGGUUCUGAGCGCCGUUGGUCCGGGAUUGGUUUCGACGGGAAUCUUCAUCGUCUAUUUCUUAGGAGCCUUCGUCCAUUGGAGGAAUGUCGCCGCGAUAUGCGCAGGCUUCUCACUUCUCACUCCGUUCCUGAUGUAUUUCGUGCCGGAGUCACCACUCUGGCUAGCCUCAAAGGGACAAAUGAAAGAAGCCUACAGCGCCUUGUUCUGGCUGCGACAAAAUAAUAACACAGCACAACAGGAGCUGAUGGAGUUUACGAAAGAUCGGAAGACUAGUGAGACCAUGAACUUCAAACAGAAACUCAGUCUCUUCAAGAGACGGAAAGUCAUAAAACCAUUCGCGUUGUUGAUAGUUUUCUUUAUUUUCCAAGAGAUGUCGGGCAUUUACGUGAUAUUGUACUACGCUGUAGACUUCUUUAAGUCAGUAGGGACGAGUGUGAACGAGUUUACAGCUUCGAUCAUUGUUGGGGGCGUCAGAGUAUUUAUGGGCGCUGUGGGUGCUUGUUUAAUCAACAGCUUCAGGCGGAAAAUCUUAGCAACCGCCUCAGGUCUAUUGCUAGGCGUUGCAAUGCUCGGAGCUGCGAUAUGUGACACCUUAGACGGUCCGCCAUUAAUGAAACUGGCCUGCAUAUUGCUCCAUGUCUCCUUCAGCAUGGUUGGCUUCUUGCAAUUGCCUUGGAUCAUGUCCGGAGAGUUGUACCCUCAGGAUAUAAGAGGAGUUAUGUCUGGAGCCACUUCCUGUUGUGCUUACGUGUUAAUAUUCUUCAACAUAAAGACCUACCCGCAAUUGGAAUAUUACAUAACAAGUAAUGGAACUUUAUACCUAUUUGCUUUUUGUGCGCUUUUGGGCGCGACGUACUGUCUUCUUUUCCUGCCUGAGACCAAAGGCAUGACUCUGUCCGAGAUCAUACGACAGUUUGAAGAUGAGAAGAAAGAAAUCGAUGCAGAGAUCGGAUGUGACAAACAAAACAAAAUAGAAGCUAGGACAGUUCAACGGCGGCAUAGCGCCGGAGCGGCAGUUUCAUUAGAAAAAUGCGAUAUGUUCACGCCGCGUUGGACUCAAAAGGAGACAGUAGAGAAGUUGGCAGAUCGCGAAUAA